ACUGUCGGGACCCCUACGCCACCGCUAGCCACCCACUCCAUGCAGGGUGUCUCCUCGUCGAUGCUGCUGGCUGCGGCAUCUGCUCCCCUCCUUGGCUCGCUGUUGGAGGACGGGCAGUCUACGUCUACACCCGCUGCACCAUCCGUGAAGCAGAUGGGGGCUGCUGUCCCACCGUCCAACAGCCUGGGGGAAUCACCAACCCCCUCGGCCAGGGAGGCCGCGGUGGCAAGCGCUGCCCCUCCUGCUGCUUCACCACCAAAUGCGGGACUCAUCAAACUCGCUCAAGUUGCUGCACCUAUCAAAGAACUACGCCGGAGCAACAGAAUCGCAGCAAUGGCGGAUGUGCAUACCCUUCACAAGGCCGAGCGGGUGACGGCAAAGAAGAACCUCGAAGUUCCAGGUAAUUUUCAGAGAAGCAUACUGGCUACGAACCUGGCCCCGUUGCAGCAUGAUGAGACAGCCGCGGACGCACUCUCAACAAUGAGCAAGAAAUUAGAAGUUAUUGCUUUAGAGUUGUCCAAUAAAGGAUGGAAACAUUUUUAUUGUUUGAUGUAGCGUCCUGGUCGAUCUAUAAGACUAAGGCUUCUCUUUCCUUUUUUCCAAACUAUGUAACAAUUGGCUGUGUACAUCCCCUGGAUGUAGAGGCCGGAUAGUUUUUAUCCAUUAUCUAAAAAAAAGUAACUACUGUACAAGGAAAUACGACAUUCCAGUAAUUGA